UCUCGCGGGACAGUCAGCAGAAAAAGGCGUCUGGAACAAAAGCAAACGUGAUUCAGCGAGUUAACGGCGUUCGUGCUGCGGUAACAGCGGGGUUUGCAGGUUGGAGUCCACUCGUGAUGUAGCGGGAGGGCUUCACCACGUUGAGACGACACCAACCUAGGUGGUGGUAGCGCUGGCGGCGUUGUCUGUGGAGCCUGCCCUCCUGGCCCCGCCCCCGGACCUCUAUCAUUUCUGAACUCCACUCCAACUCGCCGUUUUCACCGCAUCAUCAUGGUGGACGUGACCAAGUGGCCCAUUUUCAGCCUGAUGGGGCUGGAAGAACUCUCCAUGAUUCGGAAAGCUUGUGUGUUCGGCUCGUCUGCUAACGAGGCCGUUUACGUGACCCACGAUGACGAGGUGUUUGUUCUCGGACUGAACUGCAGUAACUGCCUGGGAACGGGGGACAGCCAGAGCACCAUUGUUCCCAAAAAGCUGGAUUUCCUAAAUGGGAGGAAGAUUGUGAGCCUCAGCUAUGGUAGUGGACCUCACGUCCUGAUGGCUACAGAAGAUGGAGAGCUGUUUGCCUGGGGCCAUAAUGGCUACAGCCAGCUCGGGAAUGGGACAACCAAUCAAGGCGUGGCUCCAGUGCUUGUGUCUGCAAACAUGCUCAAUAAGAAGGUGGUGGAGGUGGCCUGUGGGUCUCACCACUCCAUGGCUCUGACGGACUCAGGAGAGGUGUAUGCGUGGGGAUACAACAACUGCGGUCAGGUGGGCUCAGGCUCCACAGCCAACCAGCCCACGCCUCGCCGAGUGUCCAGCUGCCUGCAGAACAAAGUGGCUGUCGGUAUCGUCUGUGGUCAGACGUCUUCGUUGGCGGUUGUUGACAAUGGAGAGGUGUACGGUUGGGGUUACAACGGGAACGGUCAACUUGGACUUGGGAAUAAUGGGAACCAGCUCACUCCCUGCAGGCUUGUAGCCCUGCAGGGCUUAUGUGUGCUUCAGAUUGUCUGUGGGUACGCCCACUGCCUGGCUCUGUCGGAUGAAGGGGUGCUCUAUGCUUGGGGUUCCAACACUUACGGACAACUGGGCACGGGCAACAAGAGCAACCAGCUGAGUCCGGUCCAGAUCAUGUCCGAGAAGGAGAGAAUCGUGGAGGUCGCCGCCUGUCACUCCACGCACACAUCAGCUGCAAAGACUCAGAGUGGGCAGGUGUACAUGUGGGGCCAGUGCCGGGGCCAGUCCAUAGUUCUACCGCAUCUCACCCACUUCUCCUGCACCGAUGACGUCUUUGCGUGCUUCGCCACUCCCUCAGUGAUGUGGCGGCUUCUGUCUGUGGAGCACGAUGACUUCUUGACGGUGGCUCAGUCUCUGAAGAAAGAGUUUGACAACCCAGAGACGGCUGACCUCAAGUUCUGCAUUGAUGGGAAGUACAUCUACGUCCACAAAGCGGUCCUCAAAAUCAGAUGCGAACACUUCAGGUCAAUGUUCCAGUCUCACUGGACCGAAGACAUGAAGGAGGUGAUUGAAGUAGACCAGUUCUCCUAUCCAGUCUACCGAUCCUUCUUGGAGUUCCUCUACACGGACCACGUGGAGUUGCCUCCUGAAGAUGCCAUUGGGCUGCUGGAUCUGGCCACCUCGUACUGCGAGAAUCGUCUGAAACGUCUGUGUCAGCACAUAAUCAAGAGAGGAAUCACCGUGGAGAACGCCUUUUCCCUGCUGUCUGCCGCCGUGCGCUACGAUGCCGAGGAUUUGGAGGAGUUCUGCUUCAAGUUCUGCGUGAACCACAUGACUGAGGUGACCCAGACGGCUGCCUUCUGGCAGAUUGAUGGAAAUCUGCUUAAAGAUUUUAUAUGUAGAGCCAGCCGCUGUGGAGCCUUCAGGAACUGAGGUGAGGAUGGGACAACUGUUGGACUCCAGAGGUCAAUUCGACUGCGUCAUCGCCUCAAGUCGACUAUCAGCAGAAACUCUUACGAUGUUCAACACUUCAAUCAGGUUUGGUUUGAAUUCCAGUUCUGGAUAGACUCGGAUGUACUUUCUGGAAUGAAAGGCUGAUCCUCAACGGUUUUACUCUGUGCCUCUAAGAACACAUUUAUGGUUUGAAAAAGAAACAAAAGAUUUUCCUUUAAAGUUUUCUUUUUAAGCAAGUUAGGUCUUUGUAACAAAGCAAAAUUACUUGCCAGUUGCUUCCUAUAAAUAUUUUUUAAAUAGUUUAGUUUAUUUGUAGUGACUGGGUUACUUUACUUUGGAAUUAUUGGAAUUCCACACAAUAAUAAAACUGUAAAGUUUAGGAAACCAAAGAAAAAUGAAAACUACAUUUUAAGGAAAAAACAAAGCUUUUUAUUUUCUCAUUUGCCUGCUAGUUUUUAAAAUUGAAAACAUGUUUUUUCUUUUCUCCCCUUCUUUCUGAGAGUAAAGUUGAGGAUUUUUUUUCCUUUGUAGGCCAGCUGGCAUCUCAAAACUUUUGCCUUGGCAGCCAAAAAGAGCUUCUAAAAAAGUGAGACAAAGUAACUGAAGAAAUAUAAAAAAAAUUAGAUUAGGGCAGAAAGUAAAGAAAUUAGGAAUGUAAACUAAUUAUUCCAAAUCUAAAAAGCUAAAUAUAUUUUCUAUUGAAAUGUUGGUGUUACACGGGGAUUUGCUCUUUCAGGUUUAGAAUUUUGUGGUAUUUUUCAGUCAUUCCAGAAAUUCUUAAGUUUGCACUUUUGUUUAUGAUGAAAAACAUCCUGAAAACAUUGCACCGCGUACCUCCAGGGUUUGAGGAUCCAAACGAGCCUCUUUGCACAUUCGGAUGUUGGAAUUCUAAGAAUUUGAACACUUAUGGGUUUGGAACCUGCAGCAGUCUAAGCUGAAUUCAAAUUCUUAAAUUGCAGAAGUGAAAAAAUACAAAUGUAUUUCUGUCUUAAAACCUUGAUGUUAAUAGUUCAUUUUGUUUCACUUUGGGCAUUAAAUUAAAGAUGAAAUGAGUUUUUUACAGUAGAGUUUUUACAUAAUAAACAUUAAAGUGUUGACAAAGUGUUAAUGGAGGUUGGAGACGUCUUAGCUGCCUGGACCUUCAGGUAUUUUUUAUCUGCACUACUUGUAUGACUUUUCAAACAAAAGUAUUAUUCAACUAUUCUGUCAAACAAUACAUAAGUUAAUAGUCUCUAUUGUACUGAGGAUUAUGGAGUGCCAGUUCAAUUUUGUAACUUUUGCAUUUGAAGGAAUAAAGAUUUAAACUUUU